AUGGCAGAUUAUUUUCACUACGAUCCUUCCUUUCCCUUGGCACUUGUCUUUUUUGUAAUCUUCAGUCUUUCAUUGAAUCUUCAUGUUUACCAAGUUGUUACAACAAGAUUAUGGUUCUUCCUGCCGUUUUUACUUGGUUCCCUCUUCGAGGCCACAGCAUUCAUCAGUCGAGCCAUUAGUGCGAAGGAAGCGCCCAACUACACGUUGGGCCUCUGCAUGGUUCAGGAUCACCUUCUACUUCUUGGUCCAACAUGCUAUUCCGCUGCGAUUUACAUGCUUUUAGGUCGCUUCAUCAGAUAUCUGGAUGGCGACAAGUUUGCACUGAUCAAACCAAAAUGGUUAACUAAAAUCUUCCUCUUUGGUGACAUCACUUCUAUUGUGCUCCAAGCGUUUGAUGGUGUAGUUAAUGACAAGACGGAUUUAUCACACAAUUUGACAGCAACAGAAGAUGUUGUAGUCGCUGGCUUGAUAGUCCAGCUCGUGUUUUUCAGCAUGUUUGUUGUUGUUGCAGGUUGCUUUCAUUACAGAUUUUCCAAGAACUCAGUGGUACAGCCACCUAACUGGCUGAAGUUCAUGAUGGUUAUCUACUUUGCCAGCAUGCUCAUACUUGUUCGGUCUGUUUUUCGUAUGGUGGAAUAUGUUGAAGGACCUCAAGCCAAGUUACAAGCAGUGGAAGUAUAUGUCUACGCUCUCGAUGCAAUUCCCAUGGCUAUUAUCACAAUUAGUUUUCAUAUCAUACACCCUUCAAACUAUAUGCAAGGUCUAAGCAAGACCUUGAGCAAGACAGAAAGCGAGACUUCUCUAGCUUCUCCCCAUGCUUGA